GUCGUUCGGUUCAUCAAAAAUCACGUCACCCCCAAUAGGGAUAUAAAAUAAUUCAACCAAUGUUCUCCAGUUGUAUCGAAGAUCCGUAACUCCUUACUGGGAAACUGUGUCUGUUGAAAACCCGUCGUGUUCUCUUUUACUCCAGUGAAAAACCCGUAUCAGGUGGAUGCCGAGGGCAUUAGCUUCUCCCCGGUUCAACGGAACAUUCAAUUCAAUUGAAUUAAUGAGAAUUAACCAUCACCGUGGUAACCCAGAUAUACUGGCAACAAAAGAGACGGAAAUGCGACGCAGUACAACGAUAACGACUACGAGGCCGCGUAAAGUUGGCAAACGCCAGGCGUUUGGGUGAGAAUGACGAGGUGAGACCGCUUCCACUCGUGACAGUUUCAACUGACUGUGCAUUAUUAAAGUAAAAGACUGAUAAAAAGAAAUAAGUGAGAGAGGGGGGAAAAAGUAAUCAAGUGCAAGAGACUUGUGUGCAUGCAACUCUGAGGAUUUAUUUGAUUGAACUAAUCAGAUCUCAAUCAAGAGUGAUAGUAAUUCAAGUUGCUCGGGGGGAAAGUUUAAAUUUAUAGAAUGUUUAAGUUGUCAUCGGCCAGGCAGGACAGGGAGGCAUGGACGAAAGAUAUAAGGCUGCAAUUGAACGAGCAGCUGAGAUGUCUCGACGUGAGAAUGGAGUCCCAGGUGGCACUGGUAGCAGAACUGCAGGACUUCUUCCGCCGAAGAGCGGAACUAGAGUUAGAUUACAGUAAAUCGUUGGAUAAAAUGGCGAGGAGUAUUCAAUUAAGGCAUAAGGAGCAGAAACAGAAGAGGGAGCAGUGGCCCUUAUUCUCGAGUUACGCUUGCUGGCAGCAGCUAGUGAAUGAGACUAAAUCCCUGAGCCGAGACCACGCUGCCCUAUCCGAGGUGUACAGUACCCACCUCGUGGGACGUCUCAAUCAAGUUAUGGAGGACGUGCAGCGUAUCUACCGUCGCUGUCGUGAAAUAGGUUACGAGACACACGAAGAAAUUCUCAGGGUGCUUCACGAAUUGCACACGACAAUGAAGACUUAUCAGGCUUAUCAGGGGGAGUCGAGACAGGCGGAGACUAAACUCCGAGUUGCUGAGCAACAGAGGAGUAAGCUCGAGGUGACAAAUGCACCGCCUGAGAAACUAGCUAGGAGUAAAAAAUACAAGCUCAUCGAGAAGGAAGUGAACAAGAGAAAGGCGAAGUACACAGAAGCCAAGCUAAAAGCCCUGAAGGCGCGAAACGAGUACAUCCUCUGCCUGGAAGCCUCGAACACAACGAUCCACAAGUAUUUCGUGGACGAUCUGUCUGACCUAAUCGACUGCAUGGACUUUGGCUUCCACAAUUGCAUAGCCCGAGCCCUCCUGAUGCACUGCAGUGCCGAAGAGGGACGCCAAAGAUCGUUACAAUCCGGUGCUGAACAGCUAGCAGCAUGCGUUGGCUCCCUAGACUCACGAGCUGACAAACAGAGAUUUCUCGAGUCCCAUCAUGCCGCCUUCAUGAUUCCCAAAAAAUUUGAAUUCCAGUGCCAACGGGGUGACGAUGCACCCGAGCCUGAACUACAAAAAAUUCUUCACAAUGAGAUGGAACAGAGACUGACGCAGUUGCAGCAGAGGGUUACGUCAUUGAGAACCGAGUCUGAGGAAGUUUGGAAGACACUCGAAACUGCUGAGGCCAGUCUCCUUGAAAUGUUGACAGCUAAGGAUUACGAUUGCACUAGGUAUUUUGGUGACAAUGCUGUGCCAACUUCAAAGCCACCUGAGACUGUUCAGAUCAAAUUGCGCGCCGACAGACAAGAGACUGAGGACUUCUAUCUUAUGAAAUUCCGAGAAUACCUGCUGGGCACCUCGCGCAUAGCCCGCCUGGACGCAAAACAGGACUACAUCCGGCAGUCCCUGCAGGACGGUUCGAACGGCAGUCCAAACCCGUCAAUUCCCUCAAAGCAGAAGCAAGCGCGACGAAAGAGGAUCGGUCGCCUCCAGAUGAACGGCCAGCCGAAGCUCUUCGGCGGUUCCCUGGAGGAGUACCUCGAGACCAUGAACCAGGAGAUACCUCUGAUAGUGAAGAGUUGCGUUCGAGUGAUAAAUCUCUACGGCCUCCAUCACCAGGGAAUCUUCCGCGUCUCUGGCUCUCAAGUGGAGAUAAAUAAUUUUCGCGAGUGGUUUGAACGCGGCGAGGAUCCCCUGGCCGACGUGACAGACGCCUCCGACAUAAACAGUGUUGCUGGUGUUCUCAAGCUAUACCUCCGAGAACUCCGUGAGCCCCUCUUUCCCAUAAUCUACUUUGAACAUCUCAUGGAGCUCGCACAACUCGAAUCAAAACAAGAAUUUGUCAUCAAGAUGAAGGAAUUGAUAUCGAGUUUAUCACGACCUGUUGUCAUCGUAAUGCGAUAUCUCUUCGCAUUUCUCAAUCAUCUGUCUGAAUUUUCAGAUGAAAAUAUGAUGGAUCCGUACAAUUUAGCCAUAUGCUUUGGUCCAACACUUGUACCAGUGCCAGAGGACAAGGAUCAAGUGCAGUAUCAGAAUCAAGUCAAUGAGCUUAUUAAAAAUAUUAUAACAUUCUGCGAGGAGAUAUUUCCCGAUGAUAUUGGGGGCAUUCAGUAUGAGAAGUACAUCAGCAGAGAGCCUGAUGAUGUGGAUGUGGGCGAUUCACCGACUGAUCAGGUUCAAGAGGACAUGGAUUCCGAGGUCUAUCCGUCUGAAGAUGAAUCGGAGAAUCUAGAGGCGACAGCCCAAUUUGACUUCAACGCACGAUCAGAGCGUGAGUUGAGUUUUAAAAAAGGUGACACUAUAACUCUCUACAUGCAAGUGAGUUACGACUGGUGGAGAGGCUCAGUGGGUGGACGAGAGGGUCUUAUCCCCGAUAAAUACAUUAUGCUCAAAAUAAAGGACGAAGAGCGUGACAAAGAUCUCUUGAAAUCCUCCAGUGAAGAGUCAAUGCGCAGGCGAGCAUCGAGCUCAGCAGACAGUACCCUAUCAAGCAACAAUUCACCACUGAUGGGACCAAGUAGUAAUCACAACAAUGCGUGGCCCACGACAAAUGCAACAGACACUGUAACGACUUCCGGGGCCCCUCAGCACACCGAAGUCAUCCCCAACAAUGCCAUUAUAUCGAUGGCAGUGGCGAACACAGCGUGCGCCUCGCAAACGCUCAUCAGUCGAGAGGGUUCAACCCAGUCGAAGCCGUCGACCCCGAGCGACGAGAAAGUCUUCCCCGUGGACGGCGCCCUGGACGAGAACGGAAGUGUCAAUGACUUCCUGGACGCCCUGUCAACGGGCAGUGACGACCUCCCCCCGGACCCAUCGACCUCCCCCGACGCGCCCCGCGGAAUGUCCCGAAAGCAGCAGUGGAAAUCCCAAAGCGUCCUGGAGGGUUCUCCGGCGUCCCAAGUCGACGAGCCCCCCGAGACGAAGACAUUCUCGGCGAAUCGUGAGCUGUGGCAGAAGCGUGCAACCUCCCAGAGCAAUCUGGCGCCCCCAGUACCCCCGACCCCCAAGUCCCUCCGAGUUCUCCAGGAAUUUCGAGACAUGCGACAGAAGCACACACCCGACCUAGUGAUGGAUCUUCCCCUGACAUCCCAGGACGAAAACAAAAAGUCAUCGUCCUCAUCGAGUCUGAGCAGCUCAGACGACGAGACAUCGUCGGUCUACCAGAAUCGUUCACCUGGUUCCAAUGGUCCCGAAUCACCAGACAUGAGCACAGCAGCCGAGAGAUUUGCCAAGCAAAAUCAGUGUACAUUGAAGAAAAAUACAAAAACAUCAAAUGGAAGUAAUUCAGAAAGAAUAAAGAGCCUGAUUGACGAUGAGGAUCAGGCUGAGAGCAAUGACAUUGUGAGAUCAGCCAGCAGCAGUGAGAUAUCGUCGACUGAUGUGCCAUUACGUUCCCCACUGCCACCAAGAUCAACACCCAUGAUAGCUGCUAAAUUUGCAGAUAUGAGACUGACUGGUGGCAGCCAGCAAGUGUCUUCCUUCAAACCACAGGUCAAGGUUAAACCUACAAUAUUGCGUAAACCAGUUAUGCCUUUUCCACAUCCACACAUGAGCCCGGAAUUGGCGAGGAAGAUUGAGAAGCAGGUGCAGAAUACAGAGCAGGCUAAUUAGAUUUUAGAAUUUUUUUGGAGAGGGGGGUUUUAUCGUGAGUUUUUUGGGGUGGAGAAUUUAUUGUGGGAGAAUUUAGAAGGUUUUGAGAGCUCUAGGGAGGGUUUGAUUGGUAUUUUUGUAGGUUUUGUAGAUGUCGAGAUAAUUGUGAAAGAUGAAGCCACGAUUUUUCAUUUCAGAUGAGGGUCAAGUGGUGUUGAGGGUCAAAUGACCCUUGAUGAUGGGUAGGUUUGAGGGUCAAAUGAUUCUUUCUGAUCAUUCGCCUCUGACUCUAUUGACCUUUUAUCGUAAAUGGUGUUAAGGGCCAUUUGACCCUCAAUUCCAAACGUUGAGGGUCAUUUGACCCUCGAAGCCAUUUGACCCUCAACUGAAGUAAAAUUUCAAGACUUCUUUCUUUGUAGAGAAAGAAUGUCUUGACAUUUUGCUUCAGUUAAGGGUCAAAUUUAUUGUUUUAGUUGAGGGUCAAACGACCCUUAAUGAGGUUUGGGGCGAGGGUCAAAUGGUCGUAAGGGUCAAACGCCCCUUGAAGACAUGCAGAUUUAAGGGUCAAAUGGUACCUUCUGAUCACUCAACUCCAACCCGCUUGACCCUUAAGAUCAUUUGACCCUCAAAGCCAUUUGGCCCUCAACUGAAGUAAAAUUUCAAGACUUCUUUCUUUGUAGAGAAAGAAUGUCUUGACAUUUUGCUUCAGUUAAGGGUCAAAUUUACUGUUUUAGUUGAGGGUCAAACGACCCUUAAUGAGGUUUGGGGCGAGGGUCAAAUGGUCGUAAGGGUCAAACGCCCCUUGAAGACAUGCAGAUUUAAGGGUCAAAUGGUACCUUCUGAUCACUCAACUCCAACCCGCUUGACCCUUAAGAUCAUUUGACCCUCAAAGCCAUUUGGCCCUCAACUGAAGUAAAAUUUCAAGACUUCUUUCUUUGUAGAGAAAGAAUGUCUUGACAUUUUGCUUCAGUUAAGGGUCAAAUUUACUGUUUUAGUUGAGGGUCAAACGACCCUUAAUGAGGUUUGGGGCGAGGGUCAAAUGGUCGUAAGGGUCAAACGCCCCUUGAAGACAUGCAGAUUUAAGGGUCAAAUGGUACCUUCUGAUCACUCAACUCCAACCCGCUUGACCCUUAAGAUCAUUUGACCCUCAAAGCCAUUUGGCCCUCAACUGAAGUAAAAUUUCAAGACUUCUUUCUUUGUAGAGAAAGAAUGUCUUGACAUUUUGCUUCAGUUAAGGGUAAAAUUUACUCCUUUAGUUGAGGGUCAAACGACCCUUAAUGAGGUUUGGGGCGAGGGUCAAGAGUCCCUUGAGGACAUGCAGAUUUAAGGGUUAAAUGAUCCUUUCUGGUCACUCGACUCUAACCCGUUUGACCCUCAGGCUAUUUAACCCCCAACUCUAAACGUCCUUAAGGGUCAUUUGACCCUCAAAGCCAUUUAACCCUCAACUAAAACAAAAUCUCAAGACAUCUUUCCUUAUAGAGAAAGAAAUUCCAAAUGGUUUUAAGGGUCAAACGACCCUUAAUGGAUUAAUAAUAGUUUUUCUCGAUUUUUUUAAAAUUUCACUUAAACAUCAUUUGUUCGUAAAUAUCUCGAGAUUCAACAAAGAUACCAAAAUAUUCAUUGAGACCUUUUUUGUGCAGAAUUUCAAGAGCUACAAAAAGUUUCCCACAAAAAUUCUCGUACCUCCAAUAUAUUUAGAGAUAUCCAUUAAAAACUCGAUUAAUCUCUUUUACACUUUAGCUACCGAAUUUGGCCCUCGAUGUGGAAAGAUAAUGGAAUAUCGUAGGUAUUAUAUUACAGGGAAUUUUUUAAUACGUAAUGGAAUAAUUGUGUUAACGCGUGACCAUAUUUUCGUAGAUUCUUUAAAGAUUUGAAGGUACAUUUGAAGAAUGUUUGUAACGAAUUUUUAUAGAGAGAAGUGAAAUGAUGAUAAAUUUCGAUGGAAUUCAAUUUUUACGAGAAGUUUGUGCUUUCUACAAUUAAUCGACCAAUCCAGCAAGACAUAAUUAUCUAAUGUUUUACUCUAAACUCUGAAACACCUUCAGAAGAACUCAAUUCAUCUCCCAAAAUCGAAGGAAAAAAAAUUAUUUCCCUUUCUAAACAAAAACUUCUCUGUCUACGAAGAGUCUCGCUAGUAAUGCAGAUGUAUACGUCCUCCCCCUCGAUAAAAAAAAAACAAUUUCUUCUAGUCGUCAUGCAGUAAUAAACCUAUAAUCGCACACAAUGCACGUGAUUAUCCCGAGAGAAACGAUAAGAAUACGAAUGAUACAUCGAAUAAUGAAAAUGUAGAUAUAAUUACCUAGCAACGCGUUUUUGUAUGGAUGUAAUUUAUUUUUUAUCUCCACAUACAUCUCCCUGAAUGUCCCCCAAUAACCGAACAAUACGAUUGACUAAUUAAUAUACGAGAGGAUAAUAUUCCUGAUGUGAGUGAUUUUUUUUAAACGAUGCAACGAUAGAGAAACGAAAAAAAAAAAAUGGUGCCGUUGUCAUUCGAUUGAUAUCAAUUGAGUGAUUGAGUUACGUCCCACUGACGUUUUCUGAUCAUUUCAAUCCAAAAUGUUCGAUAUAAUUCAGUUAUUAAGUGUACAGCUUAAAAUCCAACGAUACCACUUGUAAUGGUUGAAUAAUCCGAGACUGGGUGAUAGCCAAUUGGCAAAAUUAACUAUUGUUGAUUCACAUUCGACAUUUCUCCCUGCUUUAUUCAUUCUGGUAGAAAGAUAACAUGAUACUAAACGCUGAUUGUGUAUACUCAUGCCUUUCUGGUUGAAGGGAAUGAAGAAGAUGUCGAAAUUUCAGCAGAAAAAUUCCACGAGUCGAUUUUUAACUCUCGUUAAUGUCGUAAUUAUCUCAUCAACGAGUGGUUCUACAAGAAAAAGUUACGAAACUUUUUUGUAGGAAAUUUUCAGCUCUACAAAAAAUAUCUAGUGACAUUUUAUCGUAAAUUCACUCAUUUCUGGGAUAUUUGCGAAAUUAUCAAAGACAAAAACGACUAAAUAAGAUUUCACUUUUUUUUCUUGAUUAGUUCUUUGAUGAUAUCCCGUAAUCUGCACGAGAUAGCGAAAUUUUCGUCCAUACAUUUUUUGUAGAGAAUUUUCAGAGCUACAAAAAAAAACGAGACAAUAAUUU